GGCUAAUAGUAUAAACAUGGCCGCGUCCUCUGUGCGUACGCUUGGAUAGAAGGGAAACUCUGGGAGUCAGGACACUUAUGGACGUGACAGGUGGGGUUUGUGUCCCCUCUGCGAAUGGAACAUUUAGAAAAAUGCCAACGCCGGAUACUUCAAAUAAUCAUGUUGAAGUAACACAAAUACAACCAGAAAGUUACAACAAAGUCCAGAGUGUCAACGGUGGAAAUGUGUCUGUAAACGUCACGAGCUGCCAGUCGAGUGCAGUGUUUGUUACAAAUGGCAUAACUGGACAUGUUGAUACAAAUAGUGCAUCUGUGACAACAGCUCGUCCAAGUGACGUCAAGGCAGUUUUUAAUGACCAGACAACACUUGUAUCAGCAGCAACUAUGUCAGAUUCUGCUCCAAAUAAUCAAACUUUACAACCACAAAUGGGAAUUAUUGUGCCCAAAUCACCUGGUUCUAUAAUACAGACAUCCGUUGUAAUUUCUUCUAGUUCAAGUAGUGCGAUAACUACAGAUAUUUUAAAUACAUCUACAAAUAUGCCAGCAGCUUUAGACAGUACAGUACCAAAACUGGUUGUACAUACAAGUAAGCUUGGAGCAAGCGCACAUGCAAUCAUAGGUAGUAAGCCAGUUCAGGAGAGUACAACCAUGACCAGUGGGAACAGCCAUUCCUCAGUUGUCAGCCAUUGCCAACCUUCACAGACUAUACAUUUAUCAGGACAGACAAGCGAGGGCAAAACUUUGGCACCUGCAUCUCAGGCUGGAAUGGUAACAACAGCUUCUGUGGCAUCUACCUCAAAAGUGACAAGAAUAGCCGCCAUCACUCAGACACCAGGGAAGGGGACUGUACUUGCUGUACCAAGAGUGAGUACUCCUCAGCAAAAUGGAACACCACGGGCUCCACAGACCACUACAAUACAGCUGCCGGCAAACUUUAAAAUCCCACAAGGAAUGGUACUUAUCAGAAGUGACAAAGGUCAGCUGAUGUUGGUUUCUCAACAAGCCUUAGCCCAAGCUCAAGCACAAGGGGCUCGACUCUCCAGACCUGCCGUUACUACGCCUGCUCUACGAGCUCCUAUGCCACAGGCCGCUGUAACAACUCUUAGAAAACAAGAGACUGCAACCAUUGUUAAAAACCAGUCUCAACAAAUCAGCCCUGCUGUAACUUCAGUGCAAAGGAUGCCAGUAGUAAAGACCACAGGAAUGGCUGUUUCUGCAACAUCAGUUCAAACAGUGAGAGCUCCAGCCCCAGCUCCAGCCCCAGCUCCAGCCCCAGCCCCAGCCCCAGCCCCAGCUCCAGCCCCUACCACAGCAGAGGGAUCCAAAGGAGAGUCUAUUGCACAGAACCCUGUCUCUGCGGAGACAGUAGAGAAUGCAAAAAAGUGCAAGAAUUUUCUUGUGACGUUAAUUAAGCUAGCCUCUAGCGGAACCCAUUCUGCUGAAAUGGCGAAGAAUGUUAAAGAGUUGGUGUGGAACCUUCUGGAUGCAAAAAUCGAACCAGAGGAAUUUACAGACAAAUUGUACACUGAACUGAAGUCCUCCCCACAGCCUUACCUUGUGCCUUUCCUUAAGAGAAGUUUACCAGCGGUUCGCCAGCUGACCCCAAAUUCUCAGCUCUUCAUCCAGCAGUGUGUUCUGCAGAAAGAUGUCAUUGUUUCCACAGCUGCAAUCACAGCGCAACAGGCUGUGAAACAGACUUCAGUAACAGUUAUUGCCAACAGCAAAACCAUAGAACCUGCAGAGCUGGCACAGUCAGUGAAAUCUGCACACCCAGUGAAGCCUGCACAGCCUGCACAACCAGCACAGCUGAUAGUUCAGCAACCAAGAGGAGUUGUGAUAAAACCACCAGCAAGCAUUGCGCAUUGCCAGCAAUCAACACAGCUUGUGAACAGAGUCCAGCUCAAGAACCCGGUGACAACCACUUUCCAGUCCAGUCCAUGUCCUGCAGGUAUUGUUGUAAAGCAGGCAGCACUUCUUGGACCUAAAGUUAUCCGUGUGCAUGCACCCCUGAUCCAGAAAAACAAUAUCAAAGAAAAUGGAGCAGCCCUUUUCAGAGAGGAAGAUGACAUCAAUGACGUGGCUUCUAUGGCUGGAGUCAACUUGAAUGAAGAGAAUGAACGUAUCUUAGCCACAAACUCUGAGCUGGUGGGAUCGGUAGUAAGAUCCUGCAGAGAAGAGCCGUUCCUUCUAACAUCUGUUCUGCAAAAGAACAUUUUGGAAACAGGUAAGAGACAUGGCAUUACAGAAGUAAAUCCGGAUGUUGUGAGUCUUGUGUCUCAUGCCACACAGGAGCGCUUACGGACAUUGGUAGAAAAAAUGACUGUGGCAGCACAACAUCGGACAAGAUCCUACAAGGAUGAUAGUCGAAAUGUGCUGCUGAAUGACACUCGAUCUCAGCUGAAGUUCUUUGAGCAGCUUGAUCGUUUAGAAAAACAAAGAAAAGAUGAACAGGAAAGAGAAAUGUUGCUACGUGUUGCAAAGAGUCGCUCCAGUAAAGAAGAUCCAGACCAACUUAGAUUAAAACAGAAAGCAAAAGAGAUGCAGCAGUUGGAACUGGCAGAGAUGCAACAGAGAGAUGCAAAUCGAACAGCGCUUGCAGCCAUUGGGCCAAGAAAGAAACGACCAUUAGACUCCUUAGGCUAUGGAUCUGGUAGUGAGACAGUUGGCAAUGGAGAUGUUACGGGUGCCUCUCAGUCAGUGAUUCCAAAGCAGUUCUCCCGUCUAAGGACAACACGUGCCAGUCUCAAGGACCUCAUCUUCUGCAUGGAACAAGAGCAAGCCAUGAGGCAAUCAAUCACCUUGUAUCGUGCCUUCCUCAAAUAGUUAUUCACUUCAGUAUUUUGGACAAUUUGUGAAGCUGAAAUCCUUUAUUGCACUAUUCUGAAAUAUUUCAGAAAACAUUCUAUUUGUGGAACAUUGUAUCUAGUUUACAAUCAGUUUUUGUUUCUUUUAAUAUAAAUCUGUAUUGCGAAGGGAUGCCUGUGCUCCAUUUAUUGUAGUGCGUUUUCUUCUAGUUUUACAUUUUCAUUUUAUUAUUUUCAUCAGAUGUUUUUUUUUUCAGUCAAAUUAGUAGAUAUAAGCAGAUUUAAACUAAUUUGUUCUAAAUGCAUUUGGAAGUACAUCACAUUGUAGAAGGUUCAUUUGGAGAUGCCAUUUAGGGUGGCUUAGAAAAACUAGAAAAGUUUAAAAAAAGAAAUAGAGGAAUUUUAGUGUUGUUUGUAUUGACCAUAUAUAUUUUGAUCCAUUAUACUAUUCCCUUAAAAUAAAAAUAGUAUGGCCUUGACUUUCAAGAGAGGUCAUUCAAGUCUGUGCCUUACUGUGUUAGUCCAGUGAAAAUGGGCUCUGUGGUUUUGUUUAGAAAAGACAUACAUAUUUCAGGUUCUAUGAAUGGUCUUAACCAAACCUACAGAAUUACACAGGCUGUUUGAGGCUUUGGAAGAUCUGCCACUGAGAUGAUCCAACCACUAGAAUGACCAGGAGUGGAUGACAUUUCUGUGUGUGUAUGUUUAGUCUUAAAAAUAAAUCAAAUUCUGCUAUUAAUUCUACUAUAACACUAUG